GCGUGGGAGGACGCCUACGGCUUGUCGUCCCCCUCGCUUCUGCCGCCGGCGCCGCUCGUGCUGCCAGCGCACGUGCCGGAGGCGCCGCACCUGGUGGACUGCGCGGCGGGCGUGGCGCUGAGGGAGCGAACGGAGGCGGACGAGGAGGGGAGGGCCGCGCCGUGGACUGGCGCGGAUGGGUGCGACGCGCGACCCGCAUGGGUGCGCGGCCCGUCCAGUGCGAGUGCGCCCAUGACCCGCCGUGUGCAGGCGGACAUCUGGCGCCACCAGUUCCCGCCUGGCCCCUGUGACACGCGCCGCCUGCUGCUCGUCGACUGGCGCCUCCUGCGCUCCACGCCCUCCUCGUCCCCUGCCGCUGGCGGGGCGGACUGGGAUGCGCGGGGCAGCGCGGGGGCGUGGAAGGAGGGCAUGGCGCGGAGGGUGCAGGCCAUGGCGGCGCUGCUGGGCGUGGCCAUGGCGCACGACCGCGUGCUCGUGCCGCUGCCGCGCUCCUUCCCUGCUGCCACCGGCAAGGCCUGCGCAGCGCAACAGCAGGAGGCGGACUGGGCGUGUUUGUUCGCGCCCAUCACAUCAUCCGCAUGUGCGGCAUCAGCAGCAGCGCGCAUGCCAGCCAAGUGCACGGGCAGUGCGGACGUGGAGGGCGCAGCCAAGGGCGCGGACGCCGUGGUGUGUGUGGGGGAGGGCGCGGAUGGGGAUGCUCUGCUCAACCACGUGGACGCCAGCGGAUGGGGCAACCCUCACAAGGAGGGUGCUUACUCUUUGCUGGAGAAUGGUGAAGCCACAAGCGUGAACGACACACAGCUCAAGGCGAACUGGUGGCGCGCACAGGCAGUGCGCUUCCUGCUGCGCUGGCCCUCCUUACACCUGUGCCACGUGGGCAACAUGCAGCGCCAUGCGGCACUGGGCAUGCAUGCGGCGGCACGCCUUGCAAUCUUCAGGGGGGACCAGGCCAACCUGCUGCACUCAGUCUCUGCCAAGGCCGCUGCUGCCGCCGCUGCCAAGGCAGGGUCAGGGGACCCCGCACAGGCUUACUUCAACAUGAGCCGCGAGGCAGAGGAGAUGCGCCGCGUGAUCGAAUCCAAGGGUCCAGAUCUGCGCAGUGAGGUGUGGCUGGCAGCUGAUCAGCAUAUCCCUCUGAGCAACUUUACAUGUGCAGUUGCCGCUGCUGCUGCUGCUGCAAAUGAUACCACUGCUGCUUCUGCUGCUGACGCUGCUGCUGCUGCUGUCGCUGCCGCUGCUGCUGCAGGUGCAGCUGCAGCUGUCGCUGCUUCUGCGGCUGCCUCUGCUUCUGCGGCUGCCGCUGCUUCUGCAGCUGCCGCUGCUGCUGCGGCUGCUGCUCCUGCUUCUGCUCCUUCUCCUGCUCCUGCUUCUGCGCCUGCACCUGCACCUGCUGCUGAGGUUCCUAGAGUGAACGAAUUAUACGAGAAGGAUCUGCUGCAGCUUGCAGCAGAGCCAUACAUGGUUCGACCAAUCACGGGCGUCCACAUGUCUAGUGCUUCGUUAGGCCUAUUGAAUGGCAGUGGUGCGGGAGGAUCAGCAGCAGGCGUGGAUGAGGCAUCAGCAGUGAGCGGAGUGUUCAUGUUCCAUGUGAAUCGAAUGAGGCGAUACUCCCUUGACAUGCGCCAUGUAUGGAUGGACACCGACUCACAGCCAUUCUUUGAUGCAGUGCUCGCAUUCUCUGACUUCACAAUCCUGCACUCGCGGGAGCACCAGCAGUCCGCAGCAGCUGGUGGUGGCAACAAAGGUGGGGAGGUGACAGCAGCGCACCACCUGGCGCACCUCAUCAUGUCGUCACAGUGUGACCGCUUUGUUGGCUCGCUCUCAUCUCGCUGGACCCAGCUUAUACACGACCUCAGGUGCACCAAUGGACGAGCAUACGCAGGAGAUGUUGCUGUUUCCUUGGAUUGA